AUGUACACUCGUUUCUUGUCCACUAUCCCGCUGCUGGCAGCGUCCGCUUUGGCGGCACCUCACACUCACCAGGCAAACCGCUUCGACUAUGUCAUCGUUGGUGGUGGCACCAGCGGUCUGGUCGUCGCCAACCGUCUUUCGGAGCUGAAGAACGCCUCUGUGGCCAUCAUCGAGGCCGGUGGCUCCGUCUUCGACAACACGAACGUUACCAGCACGUCUGGUUACGGACUGGCCUUUGGCACCGACAUUGACUGGGCUUUCCAGAGUGAGCCCCAGGAGUAUGCCGGCAACAAGCCGCAGACUCUCCGCGCCGGUAAGGCGCUUGGUGGUACCAGCGCCAUCAAUGGCAUGGCGUACACGCGUGCUGAGGAUGCGCAGAUCGACGUGUGGGAGAAGCUGGGCAACAAGGGCUGGAACUGGGAGUCGCUGUUCCCGUACUACAAGAAGCACGAGGCGCUGCAGGUGCCUACGGAGGCGCAGUUCGCCAGCGGCGCGACCUACGACAAGGCCGACCACGGCUUCGACGGCCCGCUCAAGAUCGGCUGGACCCACGAGAUGAGCAACAUCACCGCCCCGGCCAUCCUCAACGAGACCUUCCAUAACCUGGGCGUCCCGUACUCGUCCGAGAUCAACGGCGGCCAGAUGCGCGGCUUCACGCUGUUCCCCAAGACGGUCGACCCCGAGCUCGGCAUUCGUGAGGAUGCUGCCCGCGCCUUCUACUUCCCCUACCAGAACCGCACCAACCUCGCCCUGUACUCGAACACUGAGGCGCAGAAGCUGGUGUGGACGGAGGGCAAGGGUGACGCUGUGGCCAACGGUGUCGAGGUCAUCGGCGCCGACGGCAAGAAGCAGACCAUCUACGCGAACAAGGAGGUCAUUCUCUCGGCUGGUGCGCUCACCUCGCCCGUUCUCCUUGAGAAGUCCGGUGUCGGCAACCCGAAGAUCCUCAAGAAGGCCGGCAUCGACGUGAAGGUCAACCUUCCGGCUGUGGGUGAGAACCUGCAGGACCAGACGAACGCUGGCAUGAUGGCGUCGUCGACAUCCUCCUGGGCGGGCCAGUACGGCUACGUCGCGUACCCCAACGCGCAGGACAUCUUCGGCAACCAGACGGCGACGAUUCAGGCGCACGUCAAGUCGUCGCUGAAGGACUGGGCGCGCCAAGCCGCGGCCGUCAGCAAGGGCGUCAUCCCCGUCGCCAGCGUCGAGAAGUUCUUCCAGCUGCAGUACGACCUGAUCUUCACGCAGAAGAUCCCGAUCGCGGAGGUGCUGGUCAGCCCGACGGGCGAGGCCGUCGACGCCGAGUUCUGGGGCCUGCUGCCGUUCGCGCGCGGCAGCAUCCACGUCAACGCCGACGCCGAGCAGGGCUUCACUGCCGACCCCAAGUACUACAUGUUCGACUGGGACCGCACGCAGCACGUCGGCGUCGCCAAGUACAUCCGCACUAUCCUGAACACGGCGCCGUUCAACCAGUACGUCGCUGAGGAGACGACGCCCGGCGUCAAGGCUGUGCCUGCUGGUGCGAGCGACGAGGACUGGUUCGGCUGGGUCAAGGAGAACUACCGCUCUAACUUCCACCCCGUUGGCUCCACUGCUAUGAUGCCCAAGGAUAUGGGCGGUGUUGUUGAUGCCGAGCUCCGUGUCUACGGCACCAAGAACGUCCGUGUUGUUGAUGCUGGUGUCCUGCCCUUCCAGGUCUGUGGCCACCUUGUUAGCACGCUGUAUGCGGUUGCUGAGAGGGCAUCGGACCUCAUCAAGAAGGACGCUUAG